AUGCAUUUUGCAAUGGCAAUGAGUCCUGUUUUGCUUCUUACUCUAUUUCUGUCAGUAGCCGAAACAAAAUUCUACAGACCGUUCCAGUAUAACCAGUAUAAAGGUGGACUCAAUCCACACUAUGACCAAGGGAAACCCACCAGCAGACACAAGAAUCACUGUGCCUAUGUUGUUGAAAAGACAGUGUCCUUCACUGUGCAGGAUGGGGCAGCACCUUACGUGAAAGCUGAGUACAACAAGUGUACCUGGGGUCAAAAAUGCCCAACUCUUCUGUAUCGUCUGAUGUACAAACCAUUCUACAAGGUGGCACAUAAAACUGUCACCGAACUGGAGUGGCGUUGUUGUCCCGGGUACUCUGGUUAUGGCUGUAUGGAGGGACAUCCAGUUUACCAACACCCAAUGAAAAUGAUGCCACCAUUCAAAGGCCCGCCAAUGAAAGGCCCACAGUUCAAGGGCCCACAGUACAAAGGCCCCAUGUUCAAGGGUCCACCUAUCAACACUGUUGUGAAGGCCAACCCUUGGGGCCAACCCAAAGGACCUCCCACCGGCAGUUUUAACCCCUACCCUAUGCGCCACUUUGGGCCUCCGAGCUCCUCCUCCUACCCAGACACUCCCUUCCAGCCUUACGCUCCUCAACCAGAGCCAGAGGCAAUGCCAGAGCACCAGGAACCACAUCAUACUGAGCAUGAGCAAGAGCAUGAACAAGAGCAUGAGCAAGAGCAUGAGCAAGAGCAUGAACAUGAGCUCGAGCAUGACCAUGAGCACAGCCCAGGGCCUGAGGAACACAUACCAGAGGAAAUCCCUCCUCCUCCCUCUGGUGGUGAACACCCUGAGGUUGAGCCGUUAGACAGCGAGACAGAAGACCGGAUAUUUCGAAUGGAGGAGGAUGUACAACGUUUAAACCAGGGCCUGGAGACCUUGAGGGGAACUGUGAAUGGACUGGAAGAUAGUUUACGAGCCUCGCUGAGGGAAGAUGCAAACAGGAUGCUGUCAGCUCUGCUCUCAGCUGCCCCAGGUCCUGUUCCUGCUCCGGCUGUAUCCUCUAGUUCAUCCAUUGUAGGGUUUGUGGAGAUUCCUGGAGAUGAUGCUGCCACAGGGGGUCUUGAUGGCAAACUUGUGUUUCCAGGGCUCACAGAACUGAAUGGAAGAGUAGAGGAGCUCAGGACAGCGCUGCAAGCUAAGACAGAAGAACUGCAGGAACUGAAAGCAACAGUGACGGGACAUGAUGGAGCACUGAAGAAAAUGUCCAACAGAGCAGGAGUGGUAUCAGGCACUGCUGACAACCUUAGGGGAAAUACCCCAGGGGCUUUGGAUAAGUUGAUGGACGCCAAGCUCAGUGAAGCAAGGACUGAAAUUCUUGGUGGAUUUGAGAAACGUGUUGAGAGUGCAGAGGGUCGAUGUCAGGAGAAAGCUGGGGAUGUGCGUCGUCAGUGCCUGAGGGAGCAAGGUGAGAGGCAGGAGCAGAUGGAAGAUGCUCUGGAGGAGAGUACAACAGACUUAAGAACAGAGCUAAGAAAUCUCCAGGAACAGAUCCAUGGUUUAAAGGCUACAGAGGGCUGCACCAGUAGUGUGAGUGGCCUUAUGGAAAGGGUGCAGCAAAUAGAAACAUCAGUGGCAGGCCUCAACCAGUCCCAGGGGCACCUGAGCGUGGCGCUGAGUGGACACAGGGACCACAUAGAGGGAAUGCUUGAAGGACGUCUUGGUUACGUAGAGGACAAACUCAACCUGACUGGGAAGAUUAGAAGUGAUGAGCCUGGAGGGAGGAAUGGUGUCUUCGACAGAGCCACGACAGGACAGGGCCUGGAGUCCAGAAUGGAGGGUAGGAUGAAGGCACUGGAGUACCGUUUACUGACAGCCUUUGAGGAGUUGGGUAAUGCCACUGCUCCUGCACUGCUGGAGGGUCAUGUUGUUCCUGCUCUUGAGACAGAACUCGAGUCCCUACAGGAGAGACUAGAGGUGGAUGUGGACAGACUGCAAAAGCAACUGAGCGGCCUUGAGGGUCUCUGCUCCUCAUCCUGUUCCUCACCUCAAAGCCCAGCUUUCAUCCAGGGAGAUGCCGCUGUACCAAGUGCUAACUUGGCCAAGGAGCAGAAUUUGAAAGAGGUCUUGGAUGUACAAGAUAACCGUUUGAGUAGCCUUAAUGCCACACUACAUAGCAUCCUGAGGCGACUAACCAACAGGGACCAGCAGGAUCAAGCAGAGGGAGGGUAUCCCAUGCAAGGACAGCUCACAAUCCUCAAGUUUAAUGUCCGCUCGGUCAACCGAACCAUGAAAACUCUCCAAGAAUCCCUGGGAACAGUGGCCCAUCAGGUGGAUCAAGCCAACAGCUCCUGGAAUGAGAGAGAGGCUCGUCUAGCCCAGCAGAUAAAGGGCGUGGUCCAGCUGGUUGGUCACCAGGCCUCUAUGCUCGGGGCAGGUGAGCGCAGACUUACUCGUCUUAAAGGUGAGCUGCAGGAGAUGAGGAGACGGCUAGCUGAGGAGGUUCAGGGCUGCCGGAGCACAGCUAUGGGGGUCCAGAAAGAGGUAACUGAGGUUGGAGGGCGUGUUGCCACUGUGGAGGGCCAAUGCAAGGGCCUAAAUUCCCUGGCAGAGGGUCUAGAGAGAAUCAGGGAGGAGUUGGAGGGACAAUCUAGCGAGGUCCUCCUGCAAGUGAACGGGACUCUCUCUAGUCAUGCUCAGCAGCUGUCUGAGCUGAAAGCUGAACUCAGAAACUGCACCUCCAAGGUGGAGCCAACACAACAGACUUUAGAGCUUGAGGCCGAGCUGAAACGAGGAGACACCUUCACUUUAAAUUAG